AUGACCAACCCAUCGGGGCUGGCGCCACAGGCUAUCUGCGUGAAUACAGUCGCGCCGCUUUUUCCCAGAGGGAAAGAUCAUCAGCAAACAGCCGGUGAGUGGCAUGAUGUGAGGGGCGGUGGCCGUCUUGUUCGCGAUGUCCAGGUCUACCCGCGACACAUCCGCGAGACCGAGACCCAUCAGCACAUGCACAGGACUGCGGCCGUGAAGCACCAUUUACGCAAGAUGGCCGACAGACAUGAGAUGCUGAGCACCUACGAGCACGACUUCGGCUUUAUGACGCGGCCGAAGCCCAGAGAUUUCUCGGAGGUGCCAGCCCGAACACAAAGGAACCUCUCGGAGCCACCUUCUCGUGCAAGCUCUGCCCGCUCGCAAGCGGGAUGGACUGGUGAGUACGGGAUUGAUUCGACGACUCAUCCGCAGUUCGCCAAGACAGAAUCGAAGCUACAGGGGUUCCAACAGAGCUCAGCUCCGCUGCGUCUUUCUGUUGCGGGUUGGGGCGAUUGCCGCUGGAGCCCAAAGACACAUCCCAAUAUGAUCAUGGGCAUGACGCAGAAACGGAUCACUCUCCAGCAGACCACCAACAUCAUGAAUCUCAGGGCGCCCGAUCUGCCUUUCGUGAGUCGCUGA